UUAGAGUUAGCCUAAUCUCUAAUAAUAGACAUGGGUACAUGGGAAGGCCAUAUAUCACCGGGAGUAGCUUUCUACUCAUUCGGGAUUGUAUUCUGCGUCCAAAACUCAUGGGCUUAUUUCACACGAGGCCGUAAAUUUCAUCGGAUGCCUUCAAAAACUAAUACAAAGUUUGGGAAAGUAUAUUCUAAGGUGAGACAGUUUCCACUCGAUUCAUUCAUGAAGAUCAUUUACGGCUUCGGGGCUGCAAUGGCGGAACUAUUUUACCCACCAGGCACAAACAAGUUAAUCCUCCUUGAUAGCAACGGAAACUGGGUCCAUAUGAACGAAUGGCAACACUUCACGAUGUAUUCGGCAUUCAUGAUCAGCGGAAUUGUCGAUAUCAUCAGCCAAAAACUUCUUAAAGAACGGGAAACAACUCUCGAGAAAACAAUAAUAGCCAUGGCGUUUUAUAUUACUGCGCUACUGCUGUUUUUCCAUAAGCACGGGAAGGGAGAAUUAGAACUGGAAGCACAUGGCCUACUUCUGUACGCAAACCUUGCUGUGUGUGCGUCGUUAACACUGGAAGUAUGGAGACCGUUUGAUCAGAAAUUGAUAUGGCUGCAUACAUUGCUGAUCAUGCAGAUGGGAAGCUGGCUAUUCCAUCUGGCCUACAUCUUAUUCCGACCGAUCGGCGGGGAGAAAUGGGAUUCCAACAACAUGCACAAUUUGAUGAUACUCCCGAUAUUCUACAGCUGGCACAUAAUCCUGAACUGCACGGUGAUGGGAAUCAUCCAUGUCUUGACCUGGAUAUACUACAGGUACCGAGUCAGCUCCAGCUACUCAAGAAUUGAUAAUUCAGAGCUGCAAUGCUGCAUGCCAUCACAUUCUGACGACAACGAUUCGACGAACGGUGGAACAUUCAGAAGCGAUUUCGACGGAACCAAUUCCAGAAAAAGAUUACAGAAAAGCGAACGGCGGCUUCCAUGACGUCACUAUGGAUGAAGAAACAGCAUUUAUGACGUAACCCAACGCAAAAGCAACAGAUUCACUACAGCGUGACGUUUCUAAAAUAACUAUCGUCUGCCUAAAAUCACAGCACUAUUUGUUCAAAUGCACUAUUGUAAUUUUUCAUCGUGUUUGCCAAUACCUACCUUCAACUAUUACUUGUAUUUCUCUUUGCCUCAUAAAUACAUAAAAAAUAUAGCAUAUGUCAUGUGGAUAAUGAGUCAAAUUUAGCUGCCUUCGAUUGACACAUUCUAAUUUUAAAUUGUUACCGCGUGAAAUUAGGAACAAUUUCAACUGUUUUAACCGUAGGCAGCUAAGUGUACCUUAAUAUUCUAUAAGGUUCCAUUACAUUUGAACCCACGUACAUUUGAACCCAUGACAAU